CCGUCCGUAGAGGAUGAUGAGUUCAUCGGCAACCUCGAGUUCCUCUCCCUUCCCUUCUUCCUCUACUUUCUCUUCAACUAAAUUCAAAUUCAAAUUUCCCUCCCUUUCCCAACGGUCCUCUCUCCUAACGGUCGAAUCUCGCGCCAAGCCAUCCACUGCUUGUUAUUCUACCAUCCACGACACGUCAGGACAAAAUCGCCAUUGCAGCUUGAGCCGGAGGAGAGGGCUGGCAUUUACGGCAACGCUACCGUUUCUUUUUCCUCUGCAUGAAUUUGUGGGUAAUGGUGGCGCUAAGGCAAUUGAGUCAGGUCAGAGCGAGUAUCUGCGUAUUAAGGAAGAGAUAAGCAAAGUUGUAACCAAGGGGAAGGCUGCCGGUGUUCUUCGUUUAGUAUUUCAUGACGCUGGAACCUUUGAAAUGGCUGAAAAUUCAGGUGGUAUGAAUGGUUCUAUAGUUUAUGAACUCGAAAGACCUGAAAACGCUGGCCUCAAAAAGUCUCUGAAGGUUCUAGAGAAAGCAAAGAAAGAAGUGGAUGCAAUACAACUAGUAUCAUGGGCAGACAUGAUUGCUGUGGGUGGAGCUGAAGCAGUUUCUGUUUGUGGAGGUCCGAAAAUCCCUGUUGCAUUAGGCAGACUAGAUUCUGCGGAGCCAGAUCGUGAAGGGAAGCUUCCCCAGGAAUCUCUGGAUGCUUCUGGCUUAAAGCAGUCAUUUCAACGAAAGGGCUUCUCAGCACAAGAACUAGUUGCUCUAUCUGGGGCUCACACUCUCGGGGGUAAAGGUUUUGGAAGUCCAGUUGCUUUUGAUAACUCAUACUUCAAAAUUCUUCUGGAGAAACCAUGGAAGUCUUCAGCUGGUAUGUCAAGCAUGAUCGGGCUUCCUUCAGAUCAUGCCAUUGUAGAGGAUGAUGAAUGCUUAAGAUGGAUCACAAAAUACGCAGACAAUCAGAAUAUAUUCUUCGAAGAUUUUAAGAAUGCUUAUAUCAAACUAGUGAAUUCUGGUGCAAGGUGGAAAAGCAUGUGAUGACUGUCGAAGAGUGACAUUGUGUUCAUUUCUUGUCUUCUUGAUGAAUUAGGAUACAGUGGUGUUCAGAUAAUAUAAUUAUACGAAAAGACAUGCCUUUAUGUUGGUAGAUAAAUAAAUAUCAGAAGGAUUGUCAUUCUUUCAGGUUCCGAGAGCAGUUAGAGAGGCCUAAAAGUGGAGCCACAGAAUGUUUCAAUUCAGGAAAUAAAGCUUAACAUUUCAUUCCGUGGCAUUUUCUUUCUGUUUCUCUGUUUCUUCCAGCACUGUGUAUUCGCAUCUAUCAGGCUGGUGGACUCAAAUUAGAUGGGUUGGUUUGAAGCCUCCAUGGACUUGAUUUCAAGCUUGCUUUGCACUUUCCUGAAUCGGUUUAAGAAACGCUAAAAAUCUCUUACAAAAUCACUGUUAAAAUUUAGAAGCAGUGAAUCUCAUGAUCAACUAAUGCAAUUUUCGCAGGAUCAGUUUCUCCUGGAUCACCAAAUGCACAAAAACUAUAUCAGGGUUAGCACUUAUUACCCAGGAGGUCAAGUUUAUGUCAUCAGUGAUGAACCAAGCUUAAUUUCCACAGAAUGAGAAGAAUGUUAGAGAGAGAGAGAGAGAGUAUAGACAUUGAUGAAACUGUACAAAAGCAUGUGCUAGACCGUUGAACCAGAUCUCAAAAUGAUGCUACUGAACAAGGAAAUACAUCCAAAACCUGUACAUUUUUUUUUUUGUAGCCUGCAGGUGUGGGUCAAGCUUGAAAUAUGUAAUAACUCAGCUCCCAUGUCUUAAUCUUCCAAAGUAACAGGGUAGUAUUUUUAUAUUUACGUUUUACACCUACCGGUUCUUGUCCCAAGGAUAGGCAGUCAAGGGUUAGGGGGGUGUUCCGCACCUGCACGUGGGAAUCAUUGCCUAUAUCAAACCAGAAUUCCCUUCUUCUUUUUAGUUUUAUGGGAGAUAAUUUCCUUUAAAAAUCAUACGAGAGAAGCAUCAUCAUUCUCCCUGCAUUAUCUGCCAUGGUCCCUCCCACUUCCCAGUUUUCACAUAGGACAGGUUACUAGAGGGACCAGAGUCCCCAUGUUUGAUGCCCCUCCAUGACAGUGACUUCUCCAAGCUCUUUUCUAGGAUAUUAUAUCUCCACCACCAAAAAUACAAAUAAACAUGUAUAGUUUUAUCUGUUG